CAGAGCUGUAGUGAGGAAUGAAUGGUCCAGCAGAUCCUUCAAGCCUAUUCCUCAACUCCUCCCUGGAAACUUCAGAACAAUGUGGCAAAGAGACCCAUAUAGAGAACAUCCUUUUUGCCACUUUUUAUCUCCUGGAUUUCAUCCUGGCUUUUGUUGGCAAUACCCUAGCUCUUUGGCUCUUCAUCCGAGACCAAAAGUCAGGCACUCCAGCCAAUAUUUUCCUGAUGCAUCUUGCUGUGGCCGACCUGUUUUUUGUGCUGGUUCUACCCACCCGGCUAGUAUAUCACUUUUCUGGAAAUCACUGGCCAUUUGGCGAGAUCCCAUGCAGACUCAUUGGCUUCCUUUUUUAUCUCAACAUGUAUGCCAGUAUCUACUUCCUCAUGUGCAUCAGCGUUGACCGCUUCCUAGCCAUCGUGCACCCUGUGAAGUCCAUUAAACUCCGCAGGUCACUUUACGCCCACUUGGCAUGUGCCUUUCUUUGGGUUAUAGUUGCUGUUGCAAUGACACCUCUGUUGGUCAGUGUGCAGACAGCUGAGAUGAACAACACGACUGUCUGCCUACAGCUCUACAGAGAGAAGGCAUCACGCCAUGCUCUCGUGUCCUUGGCAGUGGCAUUCACCUUUCCAUUUAUUACUACAGUGACCUGCUACUUAUUGAUUAUCCGUAGCCUGAGGAGUGGGAACAGAGUUGAGAAGCACUUGAAGGAAAAAGCCAUCAAGAUGAUCAUAGUUGUCCUAAUGAUCUUUCUGGUCUGCUUCGUACCCUAUCACAUCAAUCGCUACAUUUAUGUUCUCCAUUAUGAUGGCACCAAGACUUCCUGUGAAACCCAGCGAGUCCUGGCACUCAGUAACCGCAUCACUUCCUGCCUUACCAGCCUGAAUGGCGCCCUUGACCCAGUGAUGUAUUUCUUUGUGGCUGAGAAGUUCCGUGAGGCCUUGUGCAGCUUGUUUUGUGGCAAAAGAGCUGCAAUGAUGCCUCCAAGUUAUGAAGGGAAGACAAAUGAAAGCUCACUAAGUGCUAAAUCUGAAUUGUGAGCAAGUGAUCAUAUUUGUUGUCACUUCCGGGCACAACAUAGCCAAGAGACUCUCUAGAGAGUAAAAGCAAGUGACUCCAAGGACAAAGAUGUUACCCCCAGAGUCAGUACCAUUCCUGCAAUAUCAAGGAGGAGAGUUCAGUUAUUCUGUGCAGCUACAACCAGCAAUGGCUCAUCUCCGCCAGAAAACAGAUUGUAAUCUCAGUAAAUCACAAGACAUCUGAACAUGAAUGCAACAGCAGCAGCAUCUGUUGCCCAAUCCUGAAGCUGAGGCCUGAAUAUU